GCUGCUGCUGCUGCGACGUCUCCCUGCUCUCCCUCGGUCCUUCUCUCUCGCUCCCUCUCUCUCGCUCCCCGGAUCCGAGCCACCUCCCCGCGCGCCCUGCGCCCCGCUCCGCUCGGGCAUGGCAGCCCCUCGCCCCUUGCUGCUCCGCCGCCGCCGCCUCCUCCUGUUCCUGCCCGCCGCUUGCUCGUCUCCAUCAGCGCCCGCCGCUGCGCCCGCCGCCUCGGCUUCCUUCUCUUCGUCGCCUCCGCCGCUGCUGCCGCUGCUGCUCCUGCUGACCAGCGGGCCGGGCCCUUCGGCGGGGGCAGCCGCCAGAGUAGAACCGGGCGGAGGAGCCGGCGGGAGGAGCGGAGGCAGCCCGUGCCGGGAGAAGACGGUGACGGUGUCUACCCUGCCGGUGCUGAGGGAGAGCGACGUCGCCUGGAGCAGCGGCGGCGGCGGCGGGAGCAGGAGCCCCCCGGUCGGUUCAUCCUCGGCAGCGGCGGCCCCGGCUGCUGAUUCUUCCUCUUCUUCGUCGUCGUCUUUCUCGGCUGCUGCUGCCGCCACCUCACCGGGCUCAUCGCCCCCCGCGGACUCGCGGCUGCUGCUCUUCGUACGGACCGAGGUGCCCGGGCGCGUCGCCGUGCAGGACGACCUGGACAACACCGAGCUUCCCUUCUUCACGCUGGAGAUGUCUGGAACGGUGUCUGACAUUUCCUUGGUACAUUGGAAGCAGCAGUGGCUGGAAAAUGGCACCCUCUAUUUCCAUGUCUCUAUGAGCAGUGCUGAACAGCUCUCUAGGAACACACCGCCAACCCUGCAGGAGCCGUCAGAGAUUGUGGAGGAACAGAUGCAUAUUCUUCACAUCUCUGUCAUGGGAGGCCUGAUUGCUCUCCUGUUGCUGCUGCUGGUGUUCACCGUUGCCUUGUAUGCCCAGCGCCGUUGGUACAAGCAGCGCAGGAUCCCGCAGAAGAGCGCCAGCACAGAGGCCACCCAUGAGAUCCAUUACAUCCCUUCGGUGCUGCUGGGCUCGCAGGGAAGGGACAGCUUCCGGAACUCACGCUUACAAGCCCACACCUCGGUCAUUGGCAUGCCCAUCCGCGAGACCCCCAUCCUGGAUGACUACGACUACGAGGAGGAGGAGAACCCCCUGCGGCCUGAGCAUGGCUUCCAGGAGGACGAGUUUGUGAGCCAGAUGAUGCAGCCACUCGACAGCUUGGGCAGGAGCGGGGAGAAGCCUGACUAUGAAAAGAAAGCUACAGAGGUGACGCAAGAAACAGUGGAGUCCCUGAUGCAGAAGUUCAAGGAGAGUUUCCGAACCAAUACACCGAUCGAGAUAGGCCAUCUGCAGCCAGCACUUCGCAGCUCUUCGGUUGGGAGGCGAAAACGCAGGAACCGGCCCAGAGGUGGGAUUGGAUUUGGCCGUGCCAAAGGCAACUCUGGCUCUGAAGCAGAUGAUGAAACUCAGUUGACCUUCUACACUGAGCAAUACAGGAGCCGGCGACGUAGCAAAGGUUCCCUGAAGAGCCCCGUGAACAAGACAGCACUUACCUUAAUUGCCGUGAGCUCCUGCAUCCUGGCCAUGGUGUGUGGCACUCAGCUGUCCUGCCCACUGACUGUCAAAGUGACACUCCACGUUCCUGAGCACUUCAUUGCUGAUGGGAGCAGUUUUGUUGUCAGUGAAGGAAGUUAUUUGGACAUAUCUGACUGGCUGAACCCGGCAAAGCUCUCUCUUUAUUAUCAAAUCAAUGCCACGUCGCCAUGGGUGAGGGAUCUCUGUGGACAGAGGACUACAGAUGCAUGCGAGCAGCUGUGUGAUCAGGAGACUGGUGAGUGCAGCUGUCACGAGGGCUAUGGCCCUGACCCUGUGCAUCAACACUUGUGUGUACGCAAUGACUGGGGACACAGUGAAGGGCCUUGGCCAUAUACAACGCUGGAAAGGGGCUAUGACUUGGUUACAGGAGAACAAGCACCUGAAAAAAUACUUAGGUCCACCUACAGCCUAGGCCAGGGUCUCUGGCUGCCUGUUAGCAAGAGCUUUGUGGUUCCUCCGGUGGAGCUUUCUAUAAAUCCGCUGGCCAGCUGCAAGACAGAUGUCCUGGUGACCGAAGAUCCAUCAGACGUCAGGGAAGAAGCAAUGCUGUCAACCUAUUUCGAAACCAUCAAUGACCUUCUCUCCUCCUUCGGGCCAGUUCGAGACUGCUCGCGCAACAAUGGUGGCUGCACCCGGAACUUCAAGUGUGUGUCAGACCGCAAAGUGGAUUCGACGGGCUGUGUGUGCCCUGAGGAUUUGAAGCCUAUGAAGGAUGGCACUGGUUGCUAUGACUACUCCAAGGGAAUUGACUGCUCAGAUGGCUUCAAUGGUGGCUGUGAGCAGCUGUGUCUUCAGCAGACCCUCCCUCUCCCAUCAGAACCCAUGUCCAGCACCAUCCACAUGUUCUGCGGCUGUGUUGAGGAAUACAGGCUGGCACCAGAUGGCAAAUCAUGUCUCAUGCUGUCAGACAUCUGUGAGGGCCCCAAGUGCCUUAAGCCAGAUGUGAAGUUCAACGAUACCCUCUUUGGAGAGAUGCUGCAUGGCUACAACAACAGGACCCAGCAUGUCAACCAAGGGCAGGUCUUCCAGAUGACCUUCAGGGAGAAUAAUUUCAUCAAGGACUUUCCCCAGUUGGCUGAUGCGUUGAUGGUGAUCCCGUUACCCGUUGAGGAGCAGUGCCGUGGUGUGCUCUCUGAGCCACUUCCAAACCUCCAGCUGCUCACAGGUGAUAUCCGGUAUGACGAAGCCAUGGGCUACCCCAUGGUUCAGCACUGGAGGGUCCGAAGCAACCUGUAUAAAGUAAAGCUAAGCACCAUUGCCCUCUCAGCAGGAUUUUUUAAUGUCCUGAAGAUCCUGAACAAGGACAGCAGCCGUGAAGAACUGCUCUACUUCAUUCAGCAGUAUGGCUCCCACUACAUAGCAGAGGCCCUCUAUGGGUCUGAGUUCACCUGCACCAUCCACUUUCCCAGCAAGAAAGUCCAGCAGCAGCUCUGGUUCCAGUAUCAGAAAGAAACAACUGAACUAGGUAACAAGAAGGAACUGAAGUCCAUGCCAUUCAUCACCUACCUCUCAGGCCUGUUGUCUGCCCAGAUGCUGUCAGAUGACCAGCUGAUAUCGGGUGUGGAGAUCCGCUGUGAAGAAAAGGGUCGCUGCCCUUCUACUUGCCACUUAUGUCGACGCCCAGGCAAAGAGCAGCUGAGUCCUACACCUGUGCUCCUUGAAAUCAACCGUGUGGUCCCUCUGUACACGCUGAUCCAGAACAAUGAGACCCGGGAGGCCUUCAAGGGGGCUCUCAUGAGCUCAUACUGGUGCUCGGGGAAAGGGGAUGUAAUUGAGGACUGGUGUCGGUGUGAUCUAAAUGCUUUUGACGAAAAUGGACUCCCCAGCUGCAGCCCACUCCUGCAGCCUGUGUUGCGGCUUUCCCCCAGUGUGGAACCUUCUAGCACUGUUGUCUCCUUGGAGUGGCUGGAUGUUCAGCCAGCCAUCGGAACGAAAGUCUCGGACUACAUCCUCCACCACAAGAAGGUUGAUGAGUACACAGACACUGAUCUCUACACAGGAGAGUCCUUGAGCUUUGCUGAUGAUUUGCUCUCUGGUCUUGGAGCUGCCUGUGUGGCUGCUGGAAGGAGCCAUGGAGAUAUCCCUGACACAAACCUCUACUCCGUCAUUUUCAAGUGUCUGGAGCCUGAUGGAUUGUACAAGUUCACCCUCUAUGCUGUGGACACCCGAGGAAGACACUCUGAGCUGAGCACAGUCACUCUGAGAACGGCAUGCCCAUUGGUGGAUGACAGCAAGGCAGAGGAGGUAGCAGACAAGAUCUACAACUUGUACAAUGGCUACACCAGUGGGAAAGAGCAGCAGACAGCCUACAACACUCUGAUGGAGGUCUCCACUUCCAUGCUUUUCCGCAUCCAGCAUCACUAUAACUCCCACUACGAGAAAUUUGGGGACUUUGUCUGGCGCAGUGAGGAUGAGCUUGGACCCAGAAAAGCUCACCUCAUCUUGAGGAGGCUGGAGAAGGUCAGCAGCCACUGCUCAACCUUGCUCCGCAGCGCCUACAUCCAGAGCCGCACGGACACCAUGCCGUACCUGUUCUGCCGCAGCGAGGAGGUCAGGCCACCUGGCAUGGUGUGGUACAACAUCUUAAAGGACACCAAAAUCACAUGUGAGGAGAAAAUGGUCUCCAUGCUGCGCAAUAUGUAUGGUGAGUCGAAGGGGCGAUGAGAGGAUGCAACGGACCAGGCAAGCGCACGACAAGAAUCUCUACUGUGGCGGUGACUUGUGGCAUCUUGGAAAUUUGAAGCAAAAAAGAGGAAUGAAAAACCACAUGGGACUUCAUGGAAAGUUGCAAAUUGAGAGAUCAGCAAGACUUCUUUUUUUGUUUGUUUCCUUUUUUCAACUAUUAUUAUUAUUGUUUUUAAAAAGGAAGUACAUAAUUCUGCUUAGUUUUUUUUAAAAAAGUGUCUCUCCUUUUUAAUCUCUCUCCUCCCCUCUCUCCCUCCCUCCCUCCCUCUCUCUUUUGUCCUUACUAAAUGCCUAGACUAUGUGUUCAAAAGUAAAGAGAAAGAGAUGGAGAGGGAGGGGAGGGAAAAUCAAAACAGCUGGGGAGGGGGACACAACAGUGGUGGGUAGGAUAGUCCCUACUACCCUUCAGGAUGGACUCAUUUGCCCAGGAAGAACUAUGUCCCAGAAAAUGUGCUUAACAAGCAAGGAGCCAAACAAGAGGCACCAUCCUGGAGGGAAGAGAUGCAACAAUUAACACGAGGCAGGCACAAAGGCUUUGCUAGAGACCCUUGGAAAGAGUGAUGAAUGCAAACACAAAAUGCUCUUGAGUUUACAGAACUUGCUGUUCAUGCAGCCAUCUUUUAGCAGGGUCCCGACAGGUUGUUCUGUGCAUUAAAACAUUCAUAUUUACUUCCACCUUCUCUGCCUGCCUGA